AUGAAAGUUACUCGCUUAGGCUUCCCAGUCCGCCGCUCGCUGCGCGGAAAGUUGCUACCGCCGACAAUGCUCGUGCGACGCCGCCUGCGUCGCUGCCUGUCGAAGAAGAACCAGAAGACGACGUCGCAAGGAACCUUCAAAGACUUUCAGAAACCCCUUGCAUGGCACCAUUUCCCUGGUGACCCAGAAUCAGGCGUAUCUUUCCGUGCACUCAUUUACAUUCCUUCGCGUUUGUCUGAAGAGUUUUUCAACAAACCGCUUGAUAAUUCAGCAAAGGACGUCAGGCUGCUACUCUUUCCUCAAGCAGAUCAAGCAAAUUAUUUUACGACGUCUCAUCCAGCUCUGAAACUCGCCGCGUCAGAGGACAGUAAAAACCGCCAGAAACUAGCAGCUCUUGUACGCUUUAACACAAACCAACGGGAAGUCGUAUCGUUUGACUCGUAUUUGGAGAACAGGAAGCAAGGGCAAAAGCAGAUUUUCUACCUCGCCGACAUGGGUAAAUCCAUCGAGCACCUGUCUCAAAGCGUGUUCGUAGAAAAGUUGCAUGCCCGCGGGUACGAACAUCCGGAAUUGGAAGACGUUGCAAGGCUGGACCGGACUUUGGAGAUGGUAAAUCCCCAUCAACGCGAGGGUCUUCGUUAUUCUCAUCCGCACACAGACACCCCAGAGGAAAAGGAUACAAUUGCGGAAUUGACAGACAAAUACGCUCCCCUCCUGGAGUGGCUGAAAAUUGAGGCUGGAGACAAUGUUAAGAAUGACAGCAUGGGUUUCACAGCAAAUAUCCAAAAGCUCAUGAAUGCGUUUCAACUAAUGACUUGGCAGUGCUGGUUCAAACUCGGUAAAAAUUUGCAGAUGGCGAAUUCUGAGGCUCAACUUAAAGAAGUUGCUUCCAUCCUAAUCGACGGGGCUCUUGUUCGUUCCGGGUUUGAAGUUGCCGACUCCAACUUGUUCUUGACUCGUGUGGAUAGAGUGCUCAGGCGAUCACUCGGUGUGUCUGAGACCGCACCGACAGAUGACACCGUGAAACCCGCUCCUCCCGUUGACCCAGAGUUGCCUAGUGACAUACCCGUGGAUGAUGAGAAGAUGUUCUUCAAUCUUCCUGAUGAAAUAAAAAACAAUCAGAUUGAACUCGAGAUGGAGGACAUCGAUGAAGAUGGAAAUGUUGUUCACGAUGAGCUGUGA